CCCGCUCCUGCCGCCGUGAGCCCCCCUGCCUCUUGUCUCGCGGCCGCUGAUUGCUUGCCGGUGUACGGGAUCGUCGAAGGAGCUUAACGGCGAGAUGACGAAGCCGCCGUCGCCACCACCGCAGCAGACGGCGGCGACCACGGCGCGGGGGUUCGAGGUUACCUGCGUGAAGGAUCUCCUCCCGCUCCUGCAGGGCGUCCCCGUCACGUAUCGCUUCGAGAAGCACAACGCGAAGCUCGAGGGGACGGUCGCCGCCGGCGGCUACGCCUGCGCUUGCCCCGCCUACGCGGGCUGCGACUACCGCGGCAAGGUGCUGUCGGCGCUGCAGUUCGAGAAGCACGCGGGGGUGACGUCGAAGAACCAGAACGGCCACAUCUUCCUCCGCAACGGCCGCUCGCUCUACGAGCUCUUCCACAAGCUCAGGGAGGUGCCCGCCGAGAAAUUCCCCGAGGCAUUCCGGAUGGCCGCGGGGGUGCCCAUGACGGUGCUCGCCGCCGCGGCCGCCGCCGCCGCUGAGGAGGCGCCGCGGGAGCGGGGGCUUGGGCCGGGGCCUGUGGCGGCGGAGCAGCCCCCGGCCUCGGCGACGCCCCGACCGCGCCCGACCAUGGAGAUGCUGACCGAGGAGGAGAAGGCCGGUUUGUCUCUCCUUGGCUUGAGGGCAAGUGGCUCAAGGACCGAAAUAAAUUCCAUGGACGGCAUUGAAGGGCUUGCUACAGAAGCGAUUGGGAAUGCACCAAGCAGUGACCAUGCGAUGCUUGAUGCAGAAGAGAUGGGGAAUGCAGCUGCUCAGCGACCUAGGAAUAGUGGUCUUUCCACAACCACAACUGUUAAAGUGCCGGUGACAGCACGCAAUAACCAUGCAAUGCCUGAUGCAAAUGAGGUGAGGAAUGCUGAUGGUGGUCGGUCAGCAACCCUUGCUGUUAAACUGGAGGUUACAUCUGGCAGUGACCAUGCAAUGUCUGAUGCGAAAGAGUUGAAGAAUGCAGAUUAUGAGCAACCUAGGGAUAGUGUGCUGGCAACAACCUCUGCUGUUAAAGUGCGAAUUGGAGCAGCCAAUGACCAUGCAAUGCCUGAUGCGGAACAGACAAGGAAUCCAGUUCUUGAGCAACCUUGGGAUAGUAGCAUGUUAAUAACCGCUCCUGUUAAGGUGCGGGUGACAGAAACCAAGUAUCGGCCAGAGAGUAUACUGAAAGAUGUAAGGGGAUUGCUGUCCACUGGUCUUCUUGAAGGCUUCAGGGUAACCUACAAGAAGAAUGAGGUGGAGAGGAUUGGAAGAAUAAAUGGACAAGGAUAUUCUUGUGGCUGCUCAGAAUGUGGAUAUAGAAAUAUAAUGAAUGCAUGUGAGUUUGAACAGCAUUCCGGUGAGUCGUCUAACAAUCAAAACAAUCACAUAUUCUUGGACAGCGGGAUUUCUUUAUAUAUGGUGAUACAAGGACUGAAAUACACUAAACUUGAUAUGCUUGGGGAUGUGAUUGGAAAAGUGAUCAGUCUCCCUCCAAAUAUGAUUCAAUACGAAAAGUGGAAAGCUUCGUUUCAACUGGAAAAGGAUUAUUUCGAUGAUGCACCUUCAGAUCCUUGUUCAACUCAAAGCUCACAAGAGUCGAAUAUUGCCUUGACGGAUUCCUUGAAAGACUCAACCAGCAACGCCAGUUCAAUCCUCAACUGGAGUUCAUUCAGGAGGCGUUCAGAUAGGCAGUUCAAACGAGGAGGCACUGAGACUUCGACUCCAAUCUUGAGUAGAAGCCCUGAGAAAGAGAUAUCUGAUCUAUCUACAAGCACUUCCAUGAAGAGUGAAGAAACUCCUAGUGAGAAUACUGCAGGGCUUCUCACUACUGAUGUUACAGUAAUUCAAGAUCCUCCACCAGACCACAAUGUUGACUCAAAUUCAAAAGAUUUGGGGCAACCAAAAGUGAGAGAUAACACUUUGCACCCGAUGCUCUUCAAGGAGGGGGGCCUUCCAGACUAUACUUUGUUAACUUACAAGUUGAAGAACGGAGAGGUUCUAAAGCAAGGAUAUAAACUUGGGACAGGUAUAAUCUGUGAAUGUUGCAGUAUUGAGGUGCAGUAUACUCCUUCACAAUUUGAAAAGCAUGUUGGAAUGGGGAGAAGACGGCAACCGUACCGUAGCAUUUAUACUUCAGACGGAUUAACACUUCAUGAGCUGGCACUGAAACUGCAGGAUGGUUUAAGUUCAAAUGUAAAUAUUGAUGAACUCCCUACUCUUACUUCAGGUUCUGGCAAAGAGUAUUCGACCACUAGCAGACCUAUUAUUGUUCCCUUGAAGCGGACACUACAAGAAAGAGUACUUACAGUAGAGAGCUGUUAUAUGUGUCGGAAACCCCAUACGGUGCUUGGAGUUAUUAGUGUUGACAUGAUUGUCUUCUGUAACCAGUGUGAGAGAGCAUUGCAUGUUAAGUGCUACAACAAUGGACUUCAAAAACCAAAGGCACCUCUGAAAGUUUUGGGAGAAUACACGCAAUUCAACUUCAUGUGUUGUGAGAAAUGCCAGUUGCUACGUGCUUCUUUACACGAAGGACUGAAAAAGAGGGAAGAUAUUGCCUUUCUCAGACGGAUAAGAUACAACAUUUGUUGGCAACUUUUAAAUGGAACGAAUAUGAGGAGCGAUGUGCAACAUCAGGUCAUUGAGAUCUUCAAAGAUGCAUUUGCAGAAACAGCUCCCCAGGACAUUGAUGACAUAAGAAAUAUGGUUAAUUCAAAGGAUACAACUGGAGAGAAGGAUUUUCGUGGAAUCUAUUGUGCAGUGUUAACCACAAGUACAUUUGUUGUGUCAGCUGCAAUUCUGAAAGUGCGUACAGAAGAAGUUGCAGAACUUGUCCUUAUUGCUACGCAUAAUGAGUGCAGAAAGAAGGGUUAUUUUUCGCUUCUUCUAAGUCUAAUUGAGGCGCAUUUAAAGGCCUGGAAUGUCCGUCUUCUUACGGCACCUGUUGAUCCUGAAAUGGCACCAAUCUGGUCUGAGAAACUUGGGUACACUAUUUUGUCAGAUGAACAGAAGCAUUCUAUGCUGAUGGCACAUCCCUUGGUGAUGUUUGCGAACCUAAGCUUGGUGCAGAAAUCACUUGCUUGAGAAGACCGAUUACGCGGUUUUUAGGAUAAAAUGUUACCUUUGGAGAGCAACAGGACAGUUUUUGUAGCCUGCCAUCUUUUUAAUGGAUGGUUCGAGGCUCAAGAUGUAUAGAGAAGAGAGUAGAGGCAUCUCAGUAGAUUUUUUUAGCAAGUAGUAAUCGGCAAAAGAAAUACUAAAAAAAAGAGUAGUUUUUGUGAUUAACGUCGAGUGAAUGAUUCGAAGCUGAAGUACCUAAGAAUAGAAGCGUCUCUGACAUUAUAUACUCUGCUGAGAGGGUUGCGUGUGUGAUGUACAUCAUUUGCCACACAUGUUCUCAGUUCCUUACUUUCUUAAUGUCAAUUAGGCAUAUUAAUAUCCUGUCA